AUGCCGUUCCAGGAAGUCCAUGAACUACAAGAUCCUCCUCCGGCAUACCAACCAUCGGCCCCGCUGUACCAGGACUCGCCACAAGCUGGCCAGGAAAAGAAAGGAUGGCGACUCUGGGACUGGUCCUGGGAGUUCGCAGCGUGUAUUCUUGCGCUCUUAGCACUGGGUGCCAUCAUCGCGGUGCUGCAGAUAUAUGAUGGCAAAACACAACCCAACUGGCCGGCUGGAAUCAAUCUCAACGCCAUCAUUGCCUUGCUGACGACUCUGAUGAAAGCCGCCAUGGCCACAUAUAUUGCAGAGGCUCUCUCCCAGCUCAAAUGGUCCCGCUUCAGGGAUGAAACAAAGCUGAGCGACUUUACAGCCCUCGAUGCUGCCAGUCGUGGUGCCUGGGGCUUGGCACAGCUUCUUUUUGGAAGCGCACCUCGACAUCUUGCUUCCCUUGGAGCGUUUGUUCUCGUGUUCGCCGCAGCGAUCGGAGCCUUCACCCAGCAGGUCAUCGACAUUAGAUCUCGAGGCAUUACACAGAGGGGCAUAGCAUCGAUCAAGGUUUGCAACACAAGCACGUAUCGCGAUUGGGGCGAGGGUCAAGGACCUGGAAUGAAUCUAGUGCCCUUGGAGACAACCGGCGCCAUUUAUAAUGGUAUCAUGCAGACCAAGCUCAGCGCUCAAUCCUCCGUGACUUGUCCGACAGGCAACUCCGUCUUGUGCCCAACACCCAUCGAGCACAACACGUCCACUCAACUCGACGCCGCCUCUAUCGCCCGUGUCUCCCUACACGACCCCACCCACUUCAGCAUCCAGCACUCCCAAACCUUUCACCGCCUGGUGCUCCUGCAGCACUGGAAAAUUCCCACUGACUCCAAGGUGCUGGAACUAGGAUGCGGGCAGGGGGACUGCACGACUGUCCUUGCCUAUGCUGUGGGCGAGCAGGGGAGGGUGGUGGCGGUCGAUCCGGCGGAGUUGGAUUAUGGUGCACCGUAUACUCUCGGCCAAGCACAGGAUCACAUCUCGCAAGGCCCGCUGGGUAGGCGGAUUACUUGGGUCCAACAACCCCCCCUGGACUACCUCUCCUCCCUCCCCUCCCCCUCUUCCACCUCCUCGCCACCCGCCAGCGAAAGUAAGGCCUUCGACGCAACAGUGCUCGCCCACUGCCUAUGGUACUUCGCCUCCCCCUCGCUCAUCCUUUCCACCUUCCAUGCCCUCAAGCAGCACAGUAAGCGUCUCCUCCUUGCUGAGUGGUCGUUAGUAGCGACGCACCCCUCUGCCCAGCCUCACGUAUUAGCUGCGCUCACCCAGGCAGCGCUGGAGUGCCGUAAACCCAAGAGCAGCGUUUCGAACGUCCGCACGGUGCUGGGGCCAAAGCGGCUUACCGAGCUGGCCCUGGCUGCCGGGUGGCAGCUGGAGAGUGAGACCCGCGUGCAAGGUGGGGAGGGGUUGUUGGACGGACAAUGGGAAGUCUCUGCUUGUCUUUCUUCCUCUUUUGAAAAAGGAAGUAGAGGAGCAAGUGAGUGA